GUAAGGCAUGCUGGUGCUGGUGCUCACUGUCAGCAGCUAACUUGGAGCGGCUGGAUGGAGUGUUACAGUGUGCUGGACUGAGAGCAUGUUGACUGACAGUAUUGUUCUACACUGACUAGAAACUUAAGCAACAAUGGAAUUUGGAAGAGUUUGGUCCAGAUAUCAGAGGACACUGCUGAUCACCAUGAUGAUGUUCAAACUGGGCCUACUGUGCACAGCAGCAGCAGACAAGUGUUUGUCAUCUCCCUGCAACAAUGGUGCCACAUGUCUGGACCACCUGGGUGACUAUGUGUGCCUGUGCCCCAAAGGACCAGUGUGGUACAUGGGCAAAAACUGUGAUGAGCUGUAUGAUGCCUGCAUCCUGGCACCUUGCGCCAACUGUACCAGCAAGCUUGGGACUGACGAGUUCACCUGCCACUGCCUGGACGGCUUCACAGGGCUCAACUGCACACAGGAUGUAGAUGAAUGUCAGAGCAACCCCUGCAAAGGCAUCCAGUCCUAUUGUGUUAACGGAGUCAACAGCUAUUCCUGCCACUGCCCCCUGGGCUUGGGAGGGGAGGAAUGCCAGGAUAAUAUGACCACUUGUUCAGGGGAAACAUGCAAGAAUGGUGGCACCUGUGUGGACAUCCCUGACACUGGGCACAGGUGCCAGUGUGCGGCUGGUUACGAGGGGAAGAACUGUGAGGAGAACAUUGAUGAAUGCCGGUCUGAGCCCUGUCACAAUGGAGCCAUCUGUAAAGAUGGGAUUAACACCUAUCAGUGUUUCUGUGUGCCUGGAUUUCAAGGCUACCACUGUGACUUGGACAUCAACGAGUGUGCUUCCCAACCGUGUCAAAACAAUGGCACAUGUCGGGAUGAGGUGGAUCACUACAGGUGUGACUGCACUCCAGGCUUCAAAGGUUGCUCACCUCGCAGCUGCAACUCCUCUGCUAUUUCCUUCCAUGCCUCGUCCUUCUUUAAGCGAUCAUGCUAUGAGUGUGACUGUGAGGGGACAGGCUUUGAAGGUGACCAUUGUGAAGAGGAUAUUCUUGAAUGUGCUUCUGACCCCUGCCAGCAUGGAGCCACGUGUUUGGAGGGGAUCAACCAAUACCAGUGCCUCUGCUGGCCAGGUUACAAGGGAGAGAACUGCCAGCUGGAUGUAGAUGAAUGUGACCAGCAUCCCUGUGAGAAUGGUGGCCAGUGUUUCCAGCGCUCAGAUAUCUUGAACUACAGAACACUGCCUGAACUCAGCAAUGUCAAUUUCAGCUAUGAAGAGGCAGCUGGUUUCAUCUGCCACUGUCUGCCAGGAUUUACUGGAGACAACUGCUCAAUCAAUGUGGAUGAUUGUGAGUCUGGUCCAUGUCAGCAUGGAGGAACUUGUCACGAUCUGAUCAACUCUUACCAGUGUGUGUGUCCAGACGGCUUCACAGGUGUGCACUGUGAGGUGGAUGUCAACGAGUGUGACAGCAGUCCCUGCCAGAAUGGCGCCACGUGUAAAGACGCUGCCAACUCCUAUAGGUGUCUCUGCCCCAUGCCAGAGCCUGGCCAGGAGCCAUGGGGUGGGCAAGACUGUGACGUCCGUCUGGUCGGCUGCCAACAGCACCAGUGUCAGCAUGAAGCAGGUUGUGUCUCUGUGCUAACCGAUGAAGGAGAGCACAGCUACACCUGCCUGUGUCCGCCUGGCUGGACUGGAGAACGCUGCAACACCUCCACCACCUUCUCUUUCAACUCUGAGGGCUAUGUCCACAUGCAGCUGCCUGUUUCCAAAAACAGGACAAAAAGGGAGACUAAAGACCACAAUCACGGGCUCCACAUGCAGCUCCGAUUCAAGAGCACUCUGCCUGACAUGGUGCUGUACUACCGGGGCAGCAUGGAGCACUUUGUCUCCUUGGAGCUUGUCGGAGGCUCCCUUCAAGCCAGGGUGAAGUCUGGAAAGGUACUGCAGGUUAUUUACCCUGGCCCAGUCAAUGACGGGGAAUGGCACCAGGCCACUGUCACCAUGGAUGAGAGGCUGGUUUUGGUUGUAACAGGACCUGGCUGUGAGGAAGAGUGCCUGGUGAAAAAUGAGGGCUAUAACCAUCUGAUCUUCCUGCAGCCUAGCUCCUUUGAACAGCUAUAUGUUGGAGGGGCACCGCAGGAAUAUUUAGCCCAUAUGUCCAGCGGAAGGGGCUUCAUUGGCUGCAUGGAAGACCUUCAAGUUGAUCACAAGUUGCUUCUACCUCAGGACCUCAUCAGAGAGGAGAACCAGGGCUUGGAAAUAGGAUGCAGCAAAAAAGAGUGGUGUCAAGAUGACCCAUGUAUGCGGCAUGGGCAGUGUGUGGACAUGUGGGUUCGUUCCAGCUGUCGGUGUCAUCGGCCCUACUAUGGAGAGAGCUGUGAGAAAGAGUACCCAUCCUGGACCUUUGGUCAUGAGAACACCACCAGCUAUGCUGCAUUUAACAUCUCAGAUACCCAUGGAGACAACUUCACCAUCUCUUUUUUGAUGCGCUCCCUCAAACACAACGGUCUGCUGCUGCAGCUCCAUCGAGAAGGAAAGCCCUACCUUACAAUCUAUCUGAAAGAGGGCACUGUUGCUAUUUACAGCCCUCACACCACACUGCUGUCAGAGGCCAAGUUCGUCACUGACGGCAACAAUAAUUUAGUGACUGUAAAGGUACAGUCUGGCCAUGUGGUUUUCCCUAAAGCAGGGUAUCAUCGCGCCUUAGGGAACGUGAGUGUAGAGGCAGGGGAUGUGGCGUAUUUGGGAGGGCUUCCUGCAGGUAAGGGCAUAUAUGCCUGGGGUGGACAUCUCAAGGGCUGCCUGCAAGACAUUCGGCUGGACCACAAACAUCUGACCAGUGAGGAUCAUCUGGAGGGGGUGGAAGUUUACCAGGCAAGGACAGAGCAGAAUGUGCUGCCAGGAUGCCAAAGUGAUGACACAUGCAAGGAUCAGCCCUGUUUCAAUGGUGGACAGUGUCAGGUUACUUGGAAUGACUUCAAGUGCGACUGUUCCAUUAACUACUCUGGCCGGCUGUGCGAGACACGUUUGUGGUGUGUUGAUAAUCCUUGUCUUGACAGAGUGCGCUGUGUGGACUUACAGGAUGGUUAUGAGUGUUUAACUGAGGCCAUUUUUCAGGACAAUGCUCUACAGUAUGUUGCCAACAGCUCCUUUCUGAGCCCUGUAACCAACGUCACCAUGGAUUUACGGACACGGGAUGAGAAUGGGAUCUUGUUGCGUGCUGAAAGCAAAGCCGAGGUCUUCUGCCUGGGUCUGCUCAACUCCUCCCUGCUGGUCAAAAUGGACAGCGGGACGAGUGCAGAGCUGCUGGCCUUCACAAGUGACAGGGCCAUUGCAGACGGAGGGUGGCAUCACAUUCAGCUUACCAUGGUCGAUCCCACACAGUUAGCGUCCCGCUGGCACCUCACUGUAGAUGGACAGAGAGUUGGUGGCAGCUUCAGUGUUGGCGGCAACCUCAACUUCCUCAGUGACACCAAAAUAUGGCUGGCUGAGAAAUACACUGGAUGCUUAGGGGAGGUGAGAGUAGGUGGAGUCUACCUGCCACUCGUAAAUGUUCCAGAUGCCCCUCAGAUUAGCCGCUUCUCCAGACUGGGUGGGCACGAGCCAAUCAUAGGAUGCCAAGGUGCACCGAUUUGUGAUUCCCAGCCCUGCCUCAAUCAGGGUAUAUGUCAGGAUCAGUUUAAUGAGUUUAACUGCAGCUGCAGUGCAGGAUGGGAGGGGGAACUGUGUGAGAUGGAGAUAAAUGAGUGUUCUUCAGGUCCAUGUGUCUAUGGUACAUGUAAAGACAUUCUGGCAGACUACCAGUGUGACUGUAAGCCUGGGUACACAGGUAAAGACUGUCAGGAUGAGGUGGAUAACUGCCUGGAGUUCAGCUGUGUGAAUGGAGGAACCUGUGUGGACACAGUGGGAGUUCACACAUGUUCAUGUCCUCCUGGCUACAUUGGCAAACGCUGCCAGUGGCGUUUCCCUCCUGUGGCGUGUGAUGAAAACACGGAGUGUCUUAAUGGAGGGGUUUGUAUUGGAGGUGACUCUGGAGGCAACUGCACCUGCAAGCCGGGAUACACAGGUGCCAGGUGUGAGACAGAAAUAGAUGAGUGUGAGUCCAGCCCUUGUCGCAACGGUGCCACCUGUCUGGACAGACUCAACCAUUUCCAGUGUGUGUGUGUGCCGGGAUUCAGUGGCACACUGUGUGAGAGAAAUAAAGAGGAAUAUAAGGAGCGAGUCCCCUGGCUGGUGGUGACCAUUCCCCUGACCACACUGUGUGUGUUACUGGCCAUCGUGGUCGUGUUUUGCCUCAUCAUGACAGCACGGAAGAAGCGUCAGUCAGAGGGUACAUACAGCCCCAGCUCACAGGAGGUAGCUGGCGCCAGGCUAGAGAUGGGUAGCGUCCUUAAAGUACCCCCAGAGGAGAGGCUGAUCUGAGGCCUGCAGCCCUGCGUCACAACCUCACAUCUAGUGGAUGUAGGCCUAUGUAAAGGGCAGAGAGAACAGAUGCUCUGCAGUGUCACACUGAAGAGCCCUUCUGUCUUUCGAGGAAGUGAUGGAGGAUAAAUCUACGACUGAUCCUCCACUUGGGAAAACUACUGACGUUGAAGUCUCACAGAUGGACAAGUUAAGACCAGAGGCUGACACUGCUUCCUUAUUACUCAGCCUGUCCUGUUGUAGAGGGUGUACCUGGAUGGCCUCAGGAAGAAAAGUCUUGAGGACAAUCCCAAGCUUGAUACCCAUAGGACUAAAGUCAUGUGAGGACCACAUGUACUAAAGAAAAGCAACCACACCUGUGGAUAUUAAGGAAUGUAUUCUCACUGACACCCUCCAUAUGCUCACAUAAGAGCAAGAGCAAGUAAUUCAUCAUUUAUGGUUGAGCAAAGCAAAAUAUUCAAAACCUUCCUCUGCAGAUUCCACUGCAGAUUCUGUUUUGCAUGAUGGUAGAAAGAGGCAUGUGUAGAGGGAGUUUAAUUUGCAUGGGUAUAAAUUGCAUAAUAUUAUCAGGGGUACCCUUUCAUCAUCUGCAUACUCCUUAUAGUAGCAUUACAUUGCAUUUGCAAGGGGAUGUCUGUCUUAUAGUGAGAUUUUUUAGAAACAGGCACUAGUUUCAAAUCCUGACUUUAUCUUGUUAGAGGUCCCUUGGUAUUGCUAAUCCUGUAUGACUCUUUUGCCAUAAUGGUUUUAAAUGCCUGAUUUCUGCUUUUUUUCCCCUCUCCUUCUAGAGUAAAUCUCUUUUUUAUCAGUCUUAAAAAUUGGAAGCAGCAGUUGCAAUAUCAGUUGAAGAAGGAAUGUAUUUUCAAUUCAAACCUCAUCUUUUCCUUUGCUGAAUCAGAAAUUUUGAAUUUGCACAAAAUUUCCUUGAUCACUGGUAAUUUAAGGUGCUUUAUAUAUUUAGAAUAAUUCUUGUCCCAUGUCAAAGGAGCAUUCUUAAGUGAAAGGCAGUACUCUUCCAUCAUGUAUCUUUAGGGUUUUAUGCAUUCAAUUACUUCGUAGGCUAAUUUCAUUUUAUUUAAUCUGCUGUGGUGUGUGAAUGAAAAAAUGCAGAAAGAUCAUACAAUGAAACAUGACCCCAGAACUGAAUGUGCGGAUGGGCACAGGCUGUUCUCACGAACUGUUGGUGCAUAUUCCAAUGAAAAGUAAUGCACCAAAAUUUGUACAUAUCCCAUGUAAUGGUGAGCAGUAACUCGUGCAUAACUCAUGUAUUUUGGAAGGCUGUGAUCACAUGACCAAUGCUCUGACAGGAGUAAAGAAGGAAACUGUCUGGACCGGUCCAGUUAAGAGGCAGGUUGGGAUGGUGGGUGAGUUACAAAACACUGGACUUUCCCUCCCAGGGACUGUGUAAGCUUUGAGUCAACUUUGAGUUAUUUUAAGGUAUGUCCUCAUCAAGUUUCUUUUCCUAAACAUAACCAAUGUAAUUUUACAUUUUUUAUGUAAGUUAAUGUUAAGGACGUAAUGUCAUUUGUGGGGUCCUAAUUCAUAGGAUAUCAAAUAUACCUUUAUAUGAGGACAUAUUGAUGGACAUCAGUGGAACCUCUGCAGGAGUCAAACACUGUUAUCUAACUAUUUGCUGUAUUACGUUGUCAAAGUCUAAACCACUCUGCCCCUUCUUUGUCACUGUGCAAGUAUGCUGUGAGUAUUUCAGCCAUGUCUUUGUGUUGUGUAUAAUGUGCUGCAAAAGUUCAGGUCACUGUAUUUUCCUUUUUUGUUAUGUUUUCAAGAGGAAUAGUAUUUAUUGUAGGUGUCUUAUUGCUGAGGUCUAAGGUGUCAUAUUAGUUUUUGUGGACGGAAAUACUUCAGAUGUCAGAAGAGUUUUUUUCAAAGAAUGUAUUGUAGGUACUGUGUGUAGGAUUUAGUGAGAUAUAUUGGCAUACAUAGAAUAUAUGUUUCAUAACUAUGUUUUCAUAAGCAUAUAAUCACCUGAAACUAAAAAUUGUUGUGUUCUCCCAACCUGGUCUCACUCGGAAGUCGUCAAAUACUGGCGCUUGGUCAGUGACCUCCCGCGUCAGACACCAACGAAAUAAGCCACCCUUUCACAUCGACAUGAUACGGUCGCUGUUAUUGUUUAACAGAGGCUGGCGGCGUCAGGGUCAACAAAAGUUGACAAAAGGGACAGCAACAAAAGUUACGCGGUAAAGUUCAACUAGGGUGGGUGGGAGAGGUGGUUAAUGGGUCCAGUAACCACCGACUUUCACCUGGGAGGCUGGUGUUUGCUGGUGUUUCCCCUAAGAUUGUAAAGCCAAACCCU